GAUGGGUCCGGUCGGACGGGUACAUUUAUAUGCAUCAACGAACUCCUUGAUGUAAUCCGUAAGGACGUGAUCGGCUCGUCCGUCCCGCUUGCUCAAUAUGCUCUUAAAGUGGCCACGUCCCGACCUCAAAUGAUCGAGAGCGUGGAACAGUACGCUUUUAUUUACACAGUCAUCUCCGAGUGGGUGCGAUCCGGGGGUGAGACGAGUGUGCCUUUGGAAAGUCUUCCUCUUGUCAUGCAGCAGUUGCGACGGCCACCAAAAUCAGGUUAUGGGAUUGGCCAUUGCUCAUCGAAAUACGAAGCCGAGUUGACGGGGUAUCGAGCUAAGAACCAAUACAUUGUUACUCAGUGGCCCCUCAUGUGGACACUUUGUGAUUUCUGGUGCCUCGUGGUUGAUUUUCAGGUUUCCGCCAUUGCAUUGCUCAAUCCCUACAAACUUGGUGACCAAAAAUACCCGGUAUUCUGGCCCACUGUCAAGACUGCGCAUCCGUCAAUGCGAUUCGGACCGAUUGGAUUGGAAUUGCGUGAGGUCUAUGCUGAAACCGAUGAGGAGCCCGGUGCCUUCUUGCUCUCAGUCAAAAAAAGUGGAAUGGCGGCUUUCAACCCGAUAGAAUACAAGCAGUGCUACAACUGCGUAAUUCGAAUGGCCAGCCUGCUUGAUGAUCAAAUUAAGGCCAACGAGUGCGAGAGAAGUAAAGAUCCCAUUGAAAUUUUUGACGAACUCGACCGUAAACGCGCAGUCGGUGAACUUAGACCCGAGCUUAUUGACACUGCGGACCAGUCGUUUAAGCAGACACCGAACCCCGCUUCAAGAACCCAGUUGUUCUCACCAAAGAAAUUGCCUCCUCCUUCUACCCCUGCCUAUCCCACGCCCACCACGUCUCCCAAGCUUGUGGCAAAUGACUUACCCAAGCACAGCAUGCCCACAAUCUACAGAAACCAAACCCCACGACGCCUUCCCGCGGUGACCGAAAGGAUCCUUCCGACUACCGCACGAAGGAGAUUGCCAACUCUAAAUUCGAUCAUUGAGAACCCCCUAACCAGUCCCCCCUCAAAUCGUACUAAGAAGGUGCUUCCGCCUAUUGUUAACAGUUAUACCAGAGACGAGUUCGCGCAACCAGUCUCCGACCAAUUUAAAACCCAGAUUAGGUGCAAUGGCAGUAGAGGUACUGGGAACGAUUUAGUGGCUUUACGAAAACCUCUAGUUCGGACUGAAACUGAAACCACCUACCUGACUUCACUCUUCGGCUAG